GGGAGGUGUAGUCUCUUUCGCCCUGGCGCCUUUGCCGGGGUCAACGGUCCCUUCUGGCCCGAGGGUCCGGCCGAGAGCGGUGGCGGCGUCCGCGGAAGGACUUCGUGGGAGGAGAAUGGCUUCAAUAAGAAAAACCGGCCGUACUGUGUGUGAUAUCUUUGGCGACUUCAGUGAUAUUUCCUUAGAAGAUUCAAAGAUGGAAGAAAUCCAGAACUUGGAAAUCAGUAGAAGUCUUACCAAAAUAGCACCCGGUCCAAGCAGAUUUCUAAAAAGAAACCAGACUAUGGGUGGAAAACACUUAUUCCCGAAAGAGAAUGCUUUCCUGGGGAGUGGGCCCUGGCUCUCUUCAGGUAGAGCUUCGACCACUGCCUCGAAGGUCAGGGCCAACGCUGCGCUCACAAAGCUGGCCCAGAUAGAAACCAAGAUCAGGAACCGGAAGGUGCAGAUGGAUUUGUCUGACGUGGAAUCUGACCUGAAGACCUCUGAGGACUGGCUUCCUAGCAGAGCAGACGAAAAUCCCCCUAGAAGGACGGUUGACCUUUCUUCACAGAACACAGACAAAACCUCCCAGAAACAGGCCCUUGAAAUUCCUGUCCCUGAGAGUGACAUGCCGAGUGGGAAGGUCAGUAGGUUUCUAAAGAAGAGAGAAGCACCUGUGGAAAAGAUAUCCCCUGAAGCACAUGUUGGGAAAGAGAGGGAUCUUCAAACACCCAAAGAGAAAAAACCUCCUAGAAGACUGGAUUCUCCAGACAGUGAUGAAGAGGAAAUGAAAGAGUUGCUAGGAAGCUUGAUGGAAUCUUCUAGCGAAAAACAAGCAUCCACAAAUCAGGGUUUCACUAGCACCAAAGUCAGUGAGAAAGAACAAACAAAACUAGUCUCGGAUCAGAUCCCAAAUCAACUGAGAAUCCUUUCGCUGCCCAGGAAGGAUCUUUCCAGCUCAAAGCCAUUUCCGACAUCACGUCUGCCAACCUCACGGUCAGCAGAUGGGACCCUUCGCAGUGCUGGCUCGAGGACUCGCUCCCCACAGAUUCCCAUUUCAGAGGACACAGCCUCCCACACGGCAUCACUUUCCAUCCCCGGAGCCUUUCUGAAGUCCGUGCCCUCGACAGUGGGGGAUGGCAAGCUCUCGUCCUCCCCGAGAAGGAGUGAGGCUGGGCCUCAGGAUGAGUCUCCCUCAGAAGCCACCGAUGAAAGUCUAAAUGAUUUGAGAAUAAACAUUUUAUCCCUUGAUGAUCUGGCUCCAGCCGUCAGUGAGAAAUCAGACUUGGAACAGAAAAAAGGUCAGGGGGAAAAGGCAUCCAGCAAAAACCCCUGGGCUGGGGCCCCCCCCUCUGGAAGCAAGAUUUCUGAGUGCCUGAGCCAGCGGUCCGUCUCGUCCCCUGGACCCAAGGGCACUUCUAGCCUGGGGUCAAAGUCUCAGGAGCCUACGGCCAGCACAGUGAGCUCGGCUUAUUCGGAUGAUUUUGAAAAAUCCCCCAGUCCAACAGCAUCUGAGUCGACGCCCCAUUCUGAGGAGUCUCCUGACAGGACGCUGGCGACUUGGUCUGAAUUUUCUGCAAGCCUGAAGACAGACCUUCCUCCACCAACUCCCAAGUCUCGGAAAAAGUGGGCCAGGGGUGUUACAAGAGUCAUGGUGAAGGAGAUGGCUGUGCAGACCCUCGAUCCCGCCUUCACCUACCAGUGGGCUAAGGCGGCCGGCGUAGCGGCCAUCGGACCAGCCCUGGGAGGUGCCUAUGUGGACCCCUCGCCCAUCGCCAGCCACGUCAUCAGUGCAGACGCCAUAGAAGCCCUGACAGCGUACAGCCCCACCGUGUUCGCGCUCAACGAUGUGCUGAAGCAGCAACUGAGCCUGACACAGCAGUUCAUCGAGGCCAGCCGGCACCUGCAUGCAUCCCUCCUGCGCUCCCUGGACCGGGACUCAUUCCAUUACCACACCCUGGAGGAAACCAAAGAGUUUACUGGUUGGAAGAAAACAGGUUGUCCUGGGACUUCCCUGGCCGUCCAGUGGUUAAGACUCUGCGCUUCCAAUGCAGGGGGUGUGGGUUCGAUCCCUGGUUGGGGAACAAAGAUCCCACAUGCCGCACGGUGUGGCCAAGAAAAAGAAAGAAAAUAGGUUAUCUGACGGUUUCCCACAUUCUGGACUGGGCUGAUUGCUCCCUAGUGGGGUCCUUUUAACUUGUUCCUCUGUUGGAUGUGCAUCAGUUGAUUGGAUGCAGGCUGAAGUGAUCUGACUACGUCACCUGCCUGCAGCCCACGUGUGGCUGCCUGCUCUCUGCUCCAGGCCCACACCCUGAGAGUGGCACCCAAGUCCUUCUCCCCAACCUGUGUCCUCUGAGGGCACCCCGGGUAGCCCUGCCCCUCACCACGGUCCCUUUUCCCUUCCAGGCUCAGUCAAGGCUCACCCCUUGCAGGGUACCUGCCCGGAGGCUGCCUGGGUUCACCUCUCCUCUUCUGUUUCCAUUGCCACCUGGCAUCCCUUCAUUUUUUCUGUUAGCCCCUGGGGAUAGGCACCAUCUCCAGGACCCAGAGCCUCAGUAGACUGAGGCAGCAGUGGUGAUGGCUUCCCUGUGUGUCCUCUGCCCCACAGUACAUCAGGCAACACAGGCCCACCCCGCUGACCAUGGAGGAGGCCCUGGAGGAGGUGAAGAAGGAGCUGUGAACGCCGGGAGGUGAGACAGACUCAUGGGUCUAAGGAGCUGGUCCCGUAAACCAGCCGUGAUGCUCACACCUUAGUUCCCAGGGGACAUUCCCAGUGGUGGGGGCAGGUGGCACCCAGGACUCACCUGAGAGGAAUCCCAGCUGCAGCCUUUUCUAGCUGAGUAGUUGAGCCCUCCCAGCCCCCAUUUCCUCAGUGUGCAUGGCACCUGAGAGGACGUACCACAGGCCAGUGGAAAUGGAACCCCAGGUGGAGCUGUCACCACUCGUGGCAGGACAGAGGAUGCCAGCCUGUUUGGAGCCACGAGGAAACAGGACCAGGCGUCCACGCCGGGGACUCCGAGGAGACACCAGGGCAGAGCUUCUGACCUGACUCCACAAUUCAGACAAAGUCUGCACUCAGGACGCACCUCCUCCCUCCUCAGCCUGAGCACGCUUCUUGACUUAAAUACACAGAGGAAAAAGGUCUUUAAAAAAAAGUCUUUAUUUGAAGGCAAAACAGUAAAAUCCACAAGAAAUUGUUAACAACACGUUUACAUUUUAUCCUGAAUCAGACACGUUUGAACAAUUCACAGCUACAGGAAAUCUAGAACAAAAUCAAGUAUUUUAUCACAUCAGGUGGAAAAGUUGGAGAAAAUUUUGCAUCUCAUUGAAAAGAAUUUUUCAAAAAUGUUUCUGUACAAAUAAAUGGCACCGCACCAAGCUGCCUGCGGAUGCUGAGUGCAGCCGAUCCCAGGCGGUCGCUCAGCAGCUCCCGGCAGAGGCGGCUCCCUCCAGCCUCACCUCCCUUUGGGGGCGGCUUGGGGCAGGCAAAGGAAGUGACAGAGCAGGAAGCAAGGCCGGUGGUCGCUCUCCACACUCUGGAUGUGAAUGGGCCGUUGCACGUGAGUGCUGGUGUGCGGGUUCCUCUCCGUGAAAAACACAAGUAGAGACACUAAGGGUACAUAUUCUCCAAGGGCGUCAUCAUUAUGUGACCUGGAGAUGCCUCAGAUAAGUUUCUUCAGAACCUUUUGUUUCUGCAGGGAACAGCGAAUGGCUAACGUUCAAACAAAAACAAAAACAAAAAACAAAACAAAAAACACCACCUCAACUUAAACAGCUUAAGUAACUAAGGGCUAGUAUGUCUCAGAGGAAUCAGGUUUCAAAUUAUCUCACUGGGUAUCAACCUAGAUCAGUAUUUUUUUCUAAAACUAAACCAUCUGGAGUAAAAAUGAAAACCCUGUUUAACUUUGCAAAUCAAAAAGGUUUUGUUUUUCCAUUUUUAGAGUGAGCAGUACCAGCGCCUGGCCUGAGCCUUCUCACAACACAACUGAUGGGGGAGUGGGAGGGCCGGCCCCUUGGGCUGGGCUGGCGUGUGCCCUCAGGGCCCCUCCUCCAUGCACUCCCACUGGUUUUAGAGGCUCAGGCUGAGGGGAGAUGUGAGACAGCCAUUCCUGCAGAUGACAAGAAUUCUUAUCCAGGGGCCUUACGUUUCUCGCUUCACUGUCCAGGGAAAUAAGCUCAUUGUCGAGUUGGCUGGGCAUCUCCUCGUGACUCUUGCUGCUACGUUAGAGCUGGUUUGCAGGUGGGGCCUGGGCCUUCCGCGCCAUCAAGCGUGGCACUCGUCACAAGGCCUGCCGAAGUCUUCCUUCUCUUCUGUCGCUCCCCACAGAUGGAGACAGUGUGAGAACCGAGCUGUCCCUACCAUCUUCCACUGCCAGUAAGCCAAGAAGGGUCCAACCGUCCUCGCUGCCGGUGGCCGGCCACUGGCGUGGCUCCCUGCCCACGCCGCGCCUACUUGCACUCGUCCCUGGCCUUCAUGCGGGCGAUGAAGGAAUAGCUCUUGUUCCUGCGGUAGUUCUCGUAGGGGUCGUCCAGGGCCACACCCACGCCCUUGUACUGGUCCCACUUAUCCCGGACGUCCCCCCCCUUGAUGGGGUCCUGGAUUCCUUGCUCUUUCACGCCGAGGCCGCCAGAUCCACUCCAGCCUGAAGAAGAGAGGGAUGAGUGGUUACGACCCACAGAGGAAGCUUAAAUUGUGGUGCAUUUACCCUGACAUGAAGUUAAAUGGAAAUGCGUUUGGAGAGUCGAACGACAUGCAGACGUGCAGUUUAUAAAUGGGGAACUAAGGGUAGUAAGAAAGGACGCUCAGUAAAAACCCUGCAGGCUCAGAAGUUGGUCAUGAGUUGGAGCUUCCUCUGACUUCAUCAUCCCCCAACCCUGAAUGCCCAGAGCGGAUUGUUCUGUCUUCCCAGGAACCUUACCCAUUUUCACCAGCAUCUGAUGUCCUUUGUUCUCUUCCCCGAGCCUGGAGUCAGGUAUAGGAGGUGCUGAAUUAGAACCCAGACCAGCCGAGGAACUAAAAUUAAGACAGGUUACGUCUUUUAAAAAAGAGCUGAUACAUUUAUUGGAAUGAAAACUUAGAAUAUUACAGCGUGUAGCUUAUACGUAGGGUCACCAGCGUGAGAUGGACACACACACACACAUUUCGUGUCUCUAGCUUUCUUCUUUAUCCUCUUCGCCGGCAGAUAAGGGGGUUCCCUAAGACGGCGGCCCCUGCCUCACACUCAGCGGUACAGCCAGGCCACACUGGACCGGUAAAACGGUUAGAAAAUAGAGAGCGCAGCCACUGCCUCAGGCUUUACAACGUGACUGCAGAGGUAACAGCGAGGUGUGAGAUGAGGUGCCACUGUCACUGUGCUAGUGCUCAGGGGCCCCGAGGUGCUGCCUUGGCGCGGGCCACCGCCAGCGCGUCUUCUAACAACACGUUUCAACAUUCACAGCAAAGCAUCAGAGGGUUCCAGCGCUACCAGAGGUCAUUCUGACAGUUAAGACAGAAAUCUUACGGCGGGGUGGGGCUCCUGGACCGCGACCGACGUCUCCUUCCCGGGGAAUAGGACUUGGACCGAGAGCGCGAGCGGGUCCGGGAGCGGCUUUGUGAGGAGCGUGAUCGGCUGCGGCUCCUGCGGGGCCAGGGGAGAGGAGGCGGGUCAGCGCAGCUGCUGAGGAGCCUCAGGCCUUGCAUCCCGAGAGGCGGGGCCCUGCCUACCUGGAUCUGGAGCGGGAGUAGGAACGGGAGCAGGAACGAGACCUUGACCUUGAAUAGGAGCCGGAAGACUUGGAGGACCUCGAGUUGGAGCGGGAGGAGGAGCGCCCUCGGCUUUUGGAUCUGCUCCGAGACCUUGAGGGUCCGCUGUGGGGACAGGCCUGGUGAGCCGGAGCCCCUCCAUGGACUGCGCCCAGCCCGCCCCAACCCCCAAC